UAACAUUCGUCAUAUCCGGAUCUUAGCUCCAAAAUGGCGGAUAAAAACAGAGACUAACAAUAGUUAAAAUAAAACUAUAUUUUAACGAAAUGGGGGCUACACUUACUAGAAAUCGAAAUAAUCGAGAAGAAAAUAGAGAUGCCGCCUCGCAGAGUGCCUACAGAUAUCCACCCAAAACUGGAAGCUACUUUGGAACACAUUUUAUAAUGGGAGGUGAAAGGUUUGAAUCCCCUCAGCCUGGAGAAUAUCUUUUUGGUGACAGUGAAGAGUUGAAUUUUCUUGGAAAUAAGCCAGUUCCUUUUCCAUAUCCAGUUCCAACAGGAAAUGACCCGACGAAAACUUUGAAAAGUCUGGUCUACAUUCGCAAAGAUUCUUUAAGAUUGGUCAAAGCCUCCACUGCAGAUAAAGUGGCUGUAGAUGGACAUGUUGAGAGUACCAGCACAUCAUACAAUAUAGAGUUCAUUUUAGAUUCAGAUGUUAGGUGUGCUGUCAGGAUACACUAUUUUGCCUCUGAAGAAAUCAUCAACGGCCAAGUUGUUUAUCAUCCUAGAGACAGUUCCUUGAGCUCAGAAACAUACCACUUUAAGAGAGGUGCAGGGCAGAAUUUCAACCAGCCUAACCACUUCAUAGACCCAAGCAAAUUUCCAGAUGAGGAGUGGCAGUAUCACUUUGACAAAGAUGUUUAUCCCAUUGCGAUCCAUUGUAUGGUUGAAGAGGAAGAGCAUGCUGGACAUGCACAUAUAACAUAUGCGGUGGUAGAGAAGAGCACAGAGGGUGCAUACACAAUCAAACCGCUCAAACAGAAACAGUUGGUGGAUGGUCUGUGUUACCUUCUGCAAGAAAUCUACGGCAUUGAGAACAAGAACAUGGAGAGGGUUAAGGAGGUUGAUCCUGAUGAUGAUAUUGAAGAUAGUGGUGCAGAGUGUGUCAUAUGUAUGUCUGACAUGCGUGACACACUCAUCCUUCCAUGUCGUCACCUAUGUCUGUGCAGCAACUGUGCCGAUUCCCUGCGCUAUCAGGCUAGUAUGUGCCCCAUCUGCAGAGUGAAGUUCAGAGCCCUCCUUCAGAUACGAGCCAUGAGGAAAAAAAUAAUUCCCACAUCCACCCACUCUCCGCAGUCUGACAGUGAAGAGAACACAGUUAACCAAGAAGGUGUGCCCCAAGGGUAUGAAGCCAUCUCCCUCAUCGAAGCUCUAAAUGGUCAGGUGGUGCCACCUAUGAACACAGAGGGUGUCCAUGUCCAGAUCUCCAGUCCACUUGCUUUAUUUACUGUAGAGAAAAAAGGACAGAAAGAAAAGAAUUUAGUCUCAGGCCCUAUUGAAUAUCAAAAAGAAAUGGAUACAGAUAAAGAAAGUAGUAAAGGAACGCUGGAGAAGAAAAAAAACAAAGACAAAGUUGGAGGACCAAAGAAAAAUGUGGACACCACAGAUGUCACAUCCACAGAAGCCACAUCUGAUGCCACACCUGAUGAAGUGGUGCCAAGGCACAUUAUUAAAGAAGCUGUAUCGCCACUGAAAUCAACAGUUGUCACAGUCAGGUGUUCAGCAGAUGGCUCAAUAACUACUGAAACCAAAAUCUCUCCAAUCAGAGAAACAGAGUUGAUCCCAGCAGCUAAUAGGAAGCUACACGAGAAAAACUUCAAGGCCAACAUCAAUUUGACCCAGAUGACCUGUGGCUUGUCCACUGGUGACAUGGCUGAUGAUGAACGAGAGGAUAGUUCUGAGCCAGAGCCUGACUAUGAUGAUAGAGAUAGUGAUGACCUUGCCAACACGCCAACUACCAGCAACCAGGAAUUGUAUAGUGGGGUUUCCAUAUCAGUUAGCUUUACGGAGCUUCCCCCAGCUCUGCAUCAAUAUGAGUCUGACAGUUCUGUGAAGCACCUACAGUACAGCUCCAGGGAGGCUUCCAGCCUCACUGACAUCCACCACAGCGGCACGGAGGAGUCUAGCUUUGGGAGCAAUUCUUCUGGUCAGGCACUCUUGUCAUCUGAGGAACAGAAGCGUUCAUCCUGUGAAGUGAGGAGCACAGAAGAAGAGGAAUAUGCAAAUGUAUUAUAGGUCAUUCAAGCCUCUAAAAUAGAAAAGACAACCAAAAAUAAGAAAAAUUGCUGGAUUAUUUAAAUCCUUUCUUCAUUAAGACAAAGGGAGAUAAUUCUAUCAAAUAAAUUAAGAUAAAUAUUAAUUUAUUAUUCUGCAUUUAGUACGAGGAUGAAAUGUCUGAGAGUCUUUGUGUGGAAACUUGUCAAGAUGAUUGAAACGUAAUUGACAUUAGGCUGUGAUUUGUACUUCUUAGAUUGACUAUCAGAGAUAGCCAACAGUUGUUCUUGUACUUAAACAAGUAAUGGUUGCAUAAUGUGAACGUUCAACAAAUUUUAUCUACAUACCUAUAUCAGAAGAAAAAAAAAGGUAGCCCCACUCAAAGGCUGACUGUGUCUUGCCUUAAUCAACUUCUGAUUGUCAUUCAUGUGAAUACAUAAUGAUUAAAGUUUGACACAUGUACAUAAAAGAAACUUUUUGGAUAAUUGUUUGUAUUAAAAUAUGGUUUAUGUACAGUUAGUGUCAAAAGUGUUUGUACAGAAAAACAAUUGCAAAAUAAAGACUGGCUGUGUACCUAGUUAUACAUUUUGACCUUCUCAAUAUAUAUGUUGAAGUCCACUCAGGUUUGGCACCUGUGAGGACCUUUAGUGGUCUUGCAGCAUCACAGAUACAUUUAUAACUUGUCUUUAUAAUACUUAAUGUACAUUUUUAGAAUCGUCUAUCAAGAUUGUCUCUUGAGAAAAUCUCCAUGGGGCAGGCUAUUAAUUACACUUCCUGACCAGUGGAAGUACAUUGACUAAAAAUGUUAGGUACUAAAAAAAAACUACUAAAAAAAAACUACUUGCUUUUUUUUUAAAUUCAGAUGCAUUUGUAUUGUAUAAGAAAUUAGACUUUCAUUUUCAAAGAAUCUCGGUAAAACAUGUUAAUUAUUUUAUUGUUGAAUUACAAAAAAAAAAAAAAAGAAAUGUUAUUGAUAUAGAAAUGCUAUUGAUUCCCAUAUGUAAUCAAAAGAAAUCAUUUUUUGAUUCUUACAUACAAUUAAAAGAAAACAUAUUGAUUCUAAUCUAUAAUGAAUCAUGUCCAGAGCCUAUAUGCUAAUUAGAACAUUAUAUAACCUUCUCUUCUUUCUGUUCAUUCCACAAAACUUUGGAUGGUCUCAUUUAAGGGCACAAUUCAAUCUGGAUAGACAGUCUAUUGGAUUUAUAGAUAACAAUUUUGGAUAGUUUAGCAUGCUUUUCCUGAUGCAUUUCAAGGAUACAGACAAACAUUUUUUUAGAAUUUGCAAAGCUUUUUGCCAUCUACUUUUAGAAAAUAUUCAAAAUAUGUUUUCUGUAGUUGAUUGGCUAGUUUUCUUUUCUAUUUUGAAGAGAAAUUUAGGUUUGUUAAAAUAGUAUAUUUUUUUUUUGUAUUGAAUGUGAAAAUUAAAAUGUAUAGUUGUUUUUUUGGGCUAAUAUUACAGAAGCUCAAACAAAUGUCUAAAAUAAAUGCUAAAAUGUAGAAAACAUUAUUUUUAAAUACUGGACUAAAUAUAUUGUGAACCUUAGCUAUGAAAAAAAAAGUAUUGUUUUGAUGGCCAUUUGAAUGUAUUUCCAUGACAACCAAGUGAGGUUCUGUGACAAAGACUUCAUCUUUGAACAUGUCAAAGUUAUUAGUUAAUAAAAUAUAAAAAUACACUGUUAGAAAAAUGUACCACAAGAGUUGAUAAUAUGUCUCCAUAUCCCUGCCACUCUUUGUCUUAAUAGGACUCUUCUGGCAGUGUUACGCUGGUAUUAGUCUGUAUUGCUAAACAGUUGGAGCUGUAUCUUAUGUUAGUCUUUGGCUGUAAGUUGGUGCCCAAAAUGUGCCAUGUCCAGGUGUCUCUGAGCUUCAGUACUUGGACAUUAGUUAAAAUUGUCACUUGUUUCAUUGUCAAGCCAAAUAAAUUUUGGUCUUUUA